AUGGGUUGCUGCAGCUCGGCCUCGGCGUCGGCGGCUUCGGCGGGGUCAAUUGGUGUGCCAAAGCAUGAGAAAAGUGCGGAUCAGGUACAGCAAGCUGAAAGCAGCAUGCGAGAUGGGGCGUUAGAAGAGAUUUGUCUGGAACAGAUUGAGGUUCAGCCAGCAGCGGGGGAUGGCUUGCGAGAAGGGCAGAGGGAAGAACCUUCAGCGCCUGAGGCCAGUCUCAAGCGCUACUUCGAGAAAGAUUACAAGGAAGGUGGUGUGUUCGCUCACGAGGAGUAUGAACACGAUGCGGCUGACUGGUGCUGGCUCCACAAGGGGUCAAACAUCAAGGUGCCAUCAAUGUGA